AUGGCUGACCUUCCAAUAAGAUUUCAAGAGCUUUGUCAGCUCACAGAAAUUGGUAUCAACCAAACGAGUAUUGGGUUUAAUUGGUUGACUAUGGAAUCAGACCGUUUUAUAUGUGCGCGUGAAGCAAUCGGAGGAGUAAACCAAGUUGUCAUUGUUGAUCUUAAUGAUACUCAAAAUAUUAUGAAAAGACCAAUUACAGCAGAAUCUGCAAUAAUGCAUCCUACCUCCAAAAUUCUGGCUCUGAAGGCUGCGAAACAACUUCAGAUCUUCAAUCUUGAAUUGAAGACAAAAGUCAAAUCUUGUGUUAUGCAAGAAGAUGUGGUAUUUUGGAAAUGGAUUAAUGAAAAGACUCUUGGUCUUGUAACGGGAGUCUCUGUAUAUCAUUGGGCAAUAGAUGACGAUUUACAACCUACCAAAAUAUUUGAAAGGCAUUCAUCUCUCGCAAAUUCACAAAUUAUCAAUUAUCGAGUAAAUUCUGAUGAAAAAUGGAUGGUUCUUGUUGGUAUAGCGGCAGCGGAAAAAACGAGAGUGGCAGGAUACAUGCAACUAUAUUCAAAAGAAAAAUCAGUUAGUCAACCUAUUGAAGGUCAUGCCACAGCUUUUGCUACUUUAUUAUUAGAGAAUGCUGCUUCCCCUACGAGAUUAUUCACAUUUGCUGUACGAAAUCAAUCUGGUGCUAAGCUGCAUAUUGUUGAAAUUGAUCAUAAGGAAGAAAAUCCAAUUUUCCAAAAAAAGACGGUCGAUGUUUAUUUCCCAGAUGAAGCUAGUUCAGAUUUUCCUGUCGCGAUGCAAAUUAGUUCUAAAUAUAAUAUAAUUUUUCUUGUUACCAAAUUUGGGUAUAUUCACUUAUAUGAUUUGGAAACUGGUACUUGUAUCUAUAUGAAUAGAAUAAGUGGUGAAACAAUCUUUGUUACUGCUGAACAUAAAGCAACAAGUGGAAUUAUUGGAGUUAACAGAAAGGGUCAGGUACUAACUGUCUGUGUGGAUGAAAAAAAUAUUAUUCCUUAUAUAUUGAAUACACUUAAUAAUCAAGAAUUGGCAUUAAGAAUGGCAUCAAGAUGUAAUUUACCAGGUGCAGAAGAUAUUUACGGCGUUCUUCGUACACAACAAACAAUUGAACGUUUUAAAUCAGUUCCAGUAGCUCCAGGAACACUAUCACCGAUUUUACAAUAUUUUGGUAUUCUCUUGGAGAAAGGAAAUCUUAACAAAUAUGAGUCUUUAGAAUUGGCACGACCUGUUUUGGUGCAAGGUCGCAAAAUGUUAUUGGAAAAAUGGUUAAAGGAGGAUAAGUUGGAAUGUAGUGAGGAACUUGGUGAUAUAGUUCGUCAAUACGAUCUUAACUUUGCUUUAUCAGUUUACCUUCGUGCACAUGUUCCAAACAAGGUCAUAGCAUGCUUUGCUGAAACAAAUCAAUAUUCCAAGAUUAUUCUUUACGCAAAAAAAGUGGGAUUCCAACCGGAUUAUCCUUCACUUCUUCAAAAAAUCAUGCGACUUGAUCCUGACAAAGGUGGUGAAUUUGCUUCAAUGUUAGUGACUGAUGAGAAUGGACCUUUAGUUGAUAUUGAGCGAAUUGUAGAUGUCUUUAUGUCACAAAAUUUAAUCCAACAAGCAACUUCUUUCUUAUUGGAUGCAUUAAAAGAAAACAAACCUGAACAAGGACAUUUACAGACAAGAUUACUUGAAAUGAAUUUAAUGCAUGCUCCCCAAGUUGCCGAUGCUAUAUUUAGUAAUGGAAUGUUCACUCAUUAUGACAAACCAACUAUUGCAUUACUAUGUGAAAAAGCUGGUUUGUUACAAAGGGCUUUGGAACAUUAUUCUGAUCUUGCUGAUAUUAAACGUUGCAUCGUUCAUACUCAAAUUUUGAAUACUGACUUUGUUCUCAAUUAUUUUGGGAAUUUGUCGGUUGAUCAAUCGCUUGAGUGUUUGAAUGAAAUGCUUAGAUGUAAUUUACGACAAAAUUUACAGGCUGCUGUAAAGACCGGACAAAUAAAAGAAGUUGAGAGGAUUUGUCGUGAAAGUCAACAUUAUGAUGCUGAAAAAGUCAAGAAUUUCCUUAAGGAAUCCAAACUUACCGAUCAACUCCCAUUAAUCAUUGUGUGCGACAGAUUUGAUUUUGUUCACGAUUUGGUAUUAUACUUAUACCAACAAAAUUUUACAAAAUAUAUCGAAAUCUAUGUUCAAAAAGUCAAUCCCGCUCGUACACCGGUAGUUAUUGGAGGGCUUCUUGAUGUUGAUUGUGAUGAAUCUAUCAUUAAGAAUCUCUUAAUGUCUGUAACAGGACCCGUACCUGUUGAUCAAUUGGUUCAAGAAGUCGAGAAACGUAAUCGGCUCAAAUUGCUUUUACCUUGGUUAGAACGUAGUUUCAAUUCAGGAAGUGAAGAACCAGCUGUUCACAACGCGUUAGCUAUGAUUUACAUUGAUAGCAAUAAUAAUCCUGAGGUUUUCCUAAGAGAUAAUGCAUUUUAUGAUUCUCUUACUAUUGGUAAAUACUGUGAAAAGCGUGACCCAAACCUUGCAUUUAUUGCUUAUCAACGCGGAAAUUGUGAUUUUGAACUUGUCAAGAUUACAAAUGAAAAUGCGAUGUUUAAACAUCAAGCACGGUAUUUGGUAAAACGUCGUAAUCCAGAGUUAUGGGCUGCUGUUUUAGAUGAAAACAAUAUGUAUCGUAGAUCCGUUAUUGAUCAGAUAAAUGUAACUGCUCUUCCUGAAUCAAAAGAUCCGGAAGAUGUUUCUCUUACCGUUAAAGCAUUUAUGACCGCAGACUUGCCUUUAGAGUUGAUUGAAUUGUUAGAAAAAUUAAUCUUGGAGCAAACUACUUCCUUCAGCGAUAAUAAAAAUCUACAAAAUCUUCUUAUUCUUACAGCAAUUAAAGCCGAUGGUAGUAAAGUAAUGAAUUAUGUAGAUAAACUUAAUAAUAUUGAUGUCCGUGAUGUUGCCGAAUUUGCGAUUAAUGGAAAUUUAUAUGAAGAAGCAUUUGCUAUAUAUAAAAAAUAUUCAGAAUAUGCUCUCGCCAUUAAUGUUUUGAUUGAGAAUAUCGGUAGUAUUGAUCGGGCUUCGGAAUUUGCUGAAGAAGCUAACCAGCCAGAAGUAUGGAGUCGUUUAGCCAAAGCACAAAUUGAAUGUUUAAGAAUUAAAGAUUCAAUAGAGUCUUAUAUUCGUGCUGAUGACCCAAGCAAUUUUAAUGAAGUUAUUGUUAUUGCAUCUCGAGCGGGUAAAAAUGAAGAACUAAUCAAGUACUUACAGAUGUGCCGAAAGAAGCUUCGUGAACCCCUGGUUGAUAGCGAAUUAUUAUUCUCAUAUGCAAAGACCAAACGGUUUAAUGACCUCGAAGAAUUCCUUAACACACCUAAUGUCGCGCAAAUUCAAUCAAUCGGUGAUCGAUGCUACGAUGAUGGUCUUUUUGCAUCAGCUAAAAUCUUGUUCCAAAGUAUUUCAAAUUGGGCUAGAUUAGCAUCCACUCUUGUUCAUUUAGGAGAAUAUCAAGCCGCCGUUGAUGGUGCACGUAAAGCUGGUAGCACAAAGGUUUGGAAAGAUGUUCAUUAUGCCUGUGUUCAAAAUAAUGAAUUCCGCUUAGCACAUAUUUGUGGUCUCAACCUAAUAGUACAUGCAGAAGAAUUACAGGAGGUGAUUCGUUUAUAUGAAUAUAAUGGUCACAUGGACGAACUCUUGUCCUUGCUUGAAGCUGGACUUGGAUUAGAAAGAGCACAUAUGGGAAUGUUUACCGAAUUGGCAAUCCUAUACACUAAAUAUCGAUCAGAUAAAACAGAAGAGCAUAUUCGUCUGUUCUGGUCUCGACUCAAUAUAUCGAAAGUUAUUAGAGCUUGUGAUGAAGCUCACCUUUGGAAAGAAAUGGUAUUCCUAUAUGAGAAUUAUGCCGAAUUUGAUAACGCUGCUCUUUCAAUGAUGACUCAUGCGGCUGAUGCAUGGGAUCACACUAAAUUCAAAGAAAUUACUGUCAAAGUCAGCAACCUUGAAAUUUACUACAAGGCAUUGAAAUUUUAUCUAGAUGAACACCCUCUUUUGCUCAAUGAUUUGUUAGCUGUUCUUACCCCACGAAUUGAUCACACUAGGGUCGUUCAAAUGUUCCAAAAAUCAGAUAAUUUGCCCUUAAUCAAGUCAUAUUUGAUUUCAGUUCAAGAGACAAACAAUGAAGCAGUAAACAUUGCCUAUAAUGAUAUAUUGAUUGAAGAAGAAGACUAUAAAUCAUUACGCGACUCUAUUGACAGUUUCGAUAGAUUCGACAACAUCAAAUUAGCUCAACGACUUGAAAAACAUGAACUUUUAGAAUUCCGUCGUAUUGCAGCUCAUCUCUACAAGAAAAAUAAACGUUGGGAUAAAUCGAUUGCUUUGUCAAAGGAAGAUCGUCUGUUUAAAGAUGCAAUUGAAACAGCAUGUGAAUCUCGUUCAACAGAAGUCGCGGAAGAACUUUUAGAAUAUUUUGUUCAAAUUGGAAACAAAGAAUGUUUUACUUCAGCACUUUAUACAUGUUAUGACUUAGCUCGACCGGAUGUUGUAUUAGAAUUAGCCUGGAAGCACGGUCUGAAUGAUUUUGCGAUGCCAUAUUUAAUUCAAGUUAUGCGCGAAUAUGUUACCAAGGUGGACACGUUAGAAAAAUCUAAUGCUGAAAGACUAGAUAAAGAACGUGAACGAGAAAAGAACGAAAAUGAUACUCCAAUGAUGCAUCCAAUUGGAAUAACGAACCCACUUAUGCUUACUCAAGGACCAAGUCAAGGUGUUUCUCCACAAGCAUUUGGAUCAUCAAAUUACACUAGUUAUCAAGGCUUUUAA